AUGACCUCCAAAUACAGAAGACUGAGGCACCAAGCAGCAGGCCAUGAUGGUUCUUUGACUGAUUCUGAUGAACUUCUUAUUUUCAAGCCAUCUAACAAAUCUGAAAUUGAUUUUUAUGAGAUUCUGCAGGCAGAGGAACUCAACGUUGAAAGUCAUGAUGAUAUACCGCUAAGGAGAUGGUUGCCCACUUAUCUCGGAAAUUUAGAAGUGGGGGUAUCUAGUAAGGUUUCUAUAUCAGAAAAUGCACAGGUCUUUCAAGAUCUUGCUACACAUGCUAGUGCAUUAAAUGAUGAGAUAGCAUCAAGCAAUGCCAAACCUUUAGUGGUUCUUGAGAACCUCGUUAAGGGCUUCAGCAAACCAAAUAUCCUAGAUGUGAAAUUGGGCAAGAUAUUAUAUGAUGAUUAUGCCUCAGAGGAAAAAAAGGCUCGAUUGUCAAAUGUUAGCAAGAGUACAACUUCGGGGUCUUUGGGAUUCAGAAUAUGUGGCAUGAAAAUUCAGAAUAGUGGCAAAGUCGCAAGAUUGAAGGAAGAACAUUUCGAGAGUGCACCGGAUGGAUACGUGUGCAUAAAUAAGCUUUAUGGUAGAUCACUCAAGGAAGAUAACGUUUUGGAUGGAUUCGAACUAUUUUUUGGUAACGACGCCCUUUCCUCCCACCGGCAAGAGAAAGUGAUAGACAUGUUCUUCAAACGCCUUCAGCUUUUUUACAACACUCUUUUGAGUGAAGAAGUAAGAUUAAUAUCCAGCAGCCUGCUAUUCAUCUUCGAAGGCGAUCCUAAAAGAUGGGACGAUUUGAGAGACACAGAUCACUUGCUCAGAGAUGAGUUUUUGAAUGGUGAAGAUUCAGAUAGUUGUUCAGAUGAGGAAUCCAUUUCUACUGGAAGCGAUCAGAUCCACACCUACAAGACCCAGUUAUUGAGCUCUUUGUCUUUAAUUGAUUUCGCACACUCCUCCGUUAGUAAAGGCCAGGGUUACGACGAAAACGUAUUAUGUGGGGUGGAGUCUUUGAUAGACAUUUUCGCCAAAAUGAUAAAAUACAAGACUGAAGUCCACUGA